AUGGACGAAUCAGCUUGGUACGUAGAAACCCGAAUAAUAUCUGCCAUUCUGCACUCAAGUGACUGAUCUUGGCAAACCAAUGAUCUAAAUUCUUGCCGAAUAAACUUAUUAUCGCAUGCGCAAUUUUACCUUAACAUUAUCAAAAAAACAAAAACAAUGUAUUUACAUCCUCAAAAUCUGCUAGCAAGUUUACUCGAAUCAGCUGUUUCAACUCAUUGUUCCAUCCUAGGUCGUACUGUCCAUGCAUACAUCAUUCGCACACAUCAAACCCCAUUCCCAUCUUUCCUCUCCAACCACCUCGUCAAUAUGUACUCUAAACUCGACCUUCUUAACUCAGCUCAACACGUUCUCUCACUCACUCAUCUUCCCACCGUUGUUACUUGGACCUCACUCAUCUCCGGUUGCAUUAAUAACCGCCGUUUCAUUGCCGCUAUAACUCAUUUCACUAACAUGCGUCGUCACUCUGUUCAUCCUAAUGACUUCACUUACCCUUGUGUUUUCAAAGCUUCAGGUUCUUUGCAAAUACCCAUCACUGGUAAACAGCUUCAUUCUCUUGCUUUAAAGGAUGGUUUAAUAUAUGAUGUGUUUGUUGGGUGUAGUGCUUUUGAUAUGUAUAGUAAAACUGGGCUUCAUGUUGAUGCUUGUAACAUGUUUGAUGAAAUGCCUCACAGAAACUUGGCUACUUGGAAUGCUUAUAUUUCUAAUGCAGUUCAAGAUCGGCGGUCUGUGGAUGCUAUUUCGGCGUUUAAGGAGUUUCUUUGUGUUCAUGGGGAGCCGAAUUAUAUUACGUUUUGUGCGUUUUUGAAUGCAUGUGUUGACAUGUUGAGAUUGAAUCUUGGGCGUCAGUUACAUUCGUUUAUAGUUCGGUGUGGAUACAAAGAGGAUGUUUCUGUUGCCAAUGGGCUUAUUGAUUUCUAUGGAAAAUGUGGGGAUAUUGUAUCUUCUGAAAUGGUUUUUAGUAGAAUUGGCCGGAGGAGGAAUGUUGUUUCGUGGUGUUCUAUGCUUGCUGCUCUUGUGCAAAACCAUGAGGAAGAGAGGGCUUGUAUGGUUUUCUUGCAGGCAAGGAGAGAAGUUGAGCCAACGGAUUUCAUGAUAUCUAGUGUGCUCAGUGCUUGUGCUGAGCUUGGAGGCCUUGAAUUGGGCAGGUCAAUUCAUGCUCUUGCUGUCAAAGCAUGUGUUGAGGAGAAUAUAUUUGUUGGGAGUGCACUUGUUGACUUGUAUGGAAAGUGUGGAAGUGUAGAGAAUGCUGAACAAGUUUUCGGCGAAAUGCCUGAAAGGAACCUUGUCACAUGGAAUGCAAUGAUAGGUGGAUAUGCACAUCAAGGUGACGUUGACAUGGCUUUGCGUCUGUUUGAGGAAAUGACAUUGGGCAGCCGUGGUAUUGCGCCGAGUUAUGUGACACUGGUUUCUGUAUUAUCAGCAUGUAGUAGAGCUGGGGCAGUGGAGAGAGGCAUGCAGAUAUUUGAAGCAAUGAGAUUGAACUAUGGAAUUGAACCAGGCGCUGAGCAUUAUGCUUGUGUUGUCGACCUUCUAGGGAGAUCUGGUUUGGUAGAUCGCGCAUAUGAAUUUAUUAAAAAUAUGCCAAUUCGACCCACUAUUUCAGUUUGGGGGGCUCUACUUGGGGCUUGUAAGAUGCAUGGGAAAACCAAAUUGGGAAAAAUUGCAGCCGAAAAGUUAUUUGAGCUUGAUCAUGUUGACUCUGGCAACCAUGUAGUACUUUCUAAUAUGCUCGCAUCUGCUGGCAGAUGGGAAGAAGCCACUGUUGUCAGGAAGGAAAUGAAAGACAUUGGUAUUAAGAAAAAUGUUGGAUAUAGUUGGAUUGCUGUAAAGAACAGAAUCCAUGUUUUUCAAGCAAAGGAUAGCUCUCACGAAAGGAACUCUGAAAUUCAGGCUAUGCUGGGUAAGCUCAGAGGGGAGAUGAAGGAGGCAGGGUAUGUUCCCGAUACGAAUCUAUCACUCUUUGAUUUAGAAGAUGAAGAAAAAGCUUAUGAAGUUUGGUACCACAGUGAGAAGAUCGCACUUGCUUUUGGCCUCAUAGCUCUUCCUCAAGGAGUGCCUAUAAGGAUCACAAAAAAUCUUAGGAUUUGUGGAGAUUGCCAUAGUGCCAUUAAGUUCAUCUCAAGAAUUGUUGGAAGAGAAAUUAUUGUGAGAGAUAAUCAUCGUUUUCAUCGCUUUAAGGAUGGUUGUUGCUCUUGUAAAGACUAUUGGUAAUACUCCUUUUUGUUAACGACGGCAGCUUCUCCACAAAGCUUUCACGUUGGAAACUCGUCACAAACACCAAUGGCGCAACAAGCAUCAUCCUCAUUUCUUGGUCUUGUAGACUGUAGACGACUUCUACUUCUCUGUCUUGUCUGAUGAUGAAAAUGACCUCCUUGCCCAUGUCUCUGAUCACAAGUACGCUGAAGCAUUACAGUUCCAAGAAACCUUAAUGGCCUCUGUAACCACUACUUCCCAUCAAAACCCCUCAUCCUCUACCUACAAGACAUUGCCGUGCCUAGCAUCUUCAUAAAAAACAGAGCAGAUAAAGUUCACAGCUGAAGAAGUUGAUGAAUCGUCUUCAAUCAUCAUUUGAGAGAUUUGUGUAGAAGCAAAAAGGAGUGAGGAAAUGUUUAAGAAUCAACAAUGCUACCAUUCCUUUUGUUCUGAAUGUGUAAUCAAACAAGUGGCAAUAAAAAUCCAAGACAAGAUAACUGUUGUGUCUUGUCCUGGUUUGAACUGCAAGGACGUGUUACAGCUUGAAUCUUGCAGAGCAUUGCUUCCCAAAGAGCUAAUUGAUAAGUGGAAUGAUGCUUCGUGUGAAGCUCUUUUUAUUAAUGUUCCUAAAUUCUACUGCCCCUUUAAGUAUUGUUCUUCAAUGUUCCUUGAUGAGAAUGUAGGACAACAAAAGAUAUUAUUAGGGAAUCUUAGUUCCCUUUUUGUCAUAGACUGUUUUGUGCAAGGUGUCAUGUUCCAUGGCAUCAUGGGGUUGCUUGUGAGGAGUUUCAGAAAUUGAAUGUGGAUGAAAGAGAGAAUGCAGAUCUUCUUCUUAGGGAGCUUGCUGGUCAGAAAAAAAUGGCAAAGGUGUCCCAAAUGCAAGUUCUAUAUUCAAAUAUAUGAUGGUUGUUUUCAUAUGACCUGCAGGUGCUUAUGUGAGUUUUGCUAUCUUUGUGGAGUAGAAUGGACACGUAAUCAUCAGGGCUGUGUUAGCAGGUAUAUUUCAUAAAGCACGAUGGUUGAUGUGGAUAUCAAUAUUUUUACUUUUAAUUUUUAGCUUAUUUUGGUACUAGUUUUCUGACCACAUUCGAGGCAUGUGGAGAAAAUCUUUAAAUUAUGAUUUAUAAUUUAUUUUGUUGUUAUUAAUGGCAGAAUGAGAGUGUGAAUUGUUUCAGAAAAAGAACGAUCGGUAUGUCCCAAUAGUCAGUCGACGUAUGGUUCAACUGACAUUUUGAAUUACUGUAGAGUCAUUUAUGUAAAAUGUGAUAAAACAAUAGGGGUUGUUCUCCAUCGAUUAAUAUGUUCUCUAUCCAUCCCUACUAAAACUCAACUCUAUAUACAUUACCAUUUUAGACCAAAUUAACUUUUGAGGAAUGGCGGUGAAAUGAGUUUUCCACAUAUUUGUCUUGAUGAAACUAAUUAAGACGAUAGUAGCUGACUGGUGUAACAAAUAUUCUUACAAACUUCACAAUAAAACAGUAGAACUGAUUGAGGGCCUUACUGAUAAAACAUAUAUAGUUUAUGUAAUAGAUAUUGGAACUUUCAUUAUUUCCAUGAAAGUGCAAGAUCCUAUGACCUGGGCAAUUAUCCAUACACGUUAUGUCCUAACCCUUUAGUUCUUAAGGAAAUGAGGUUUAAUAAUCUAAAGUUCGGCAAAGAGAUGAGCAGAGUCUGGUUAAUAAUUGUUCCGCUCUGAAUUUGAACGCUGGUUAUAUUGAUAUGACUAAACAUAGUCUUACUAAUACUAAUAGUUAUUAUAAUAUUGUUUCUAAUUAAACUGUUCAAUUCAUCUGAGAAGAAGCAUUUUCAACCUACAAACGGCCGGUUACAUUUAAAAACCUUGAGUGUAAACUUUCCAAACCCAUAUAUUUAGGGACUGAGUCUUGAAUAUGUCUUUUGGCCAAAUAAUAAGAGACCGACCUGGUCAAUCAUAGCCAUAUGUGUCUUUGAUAUGGAACAAGAAUCUCAUUCUUUGUAGUAAAUUACUAACCACAGACAUUGGCUCAGUCAUCAUAAGAGAAAGGUAGGAAGAGUCCAAAGAAAAACUGAUACUACCUAGGAAUAAAUAUUUGUGAUUUGGUUAUAAAUUAGUUAAUGGAUAUACAUGAUUGUAAAAUAAUCACAAAGAUUCAAGAAAAUGUUUGUGUGUGUAACGUGGAUGGAGAAUAUUUGUGGAGCAGGUCAAUGGCCAUAACCACAGUCAUACUAGCUCAUCGAUGAUGCAUAUUAAAAAAGAGUUUAAUUGAUAUGCACGGACGGUGUAAAAUAGUUUUACACGAUCGUCCAAUAAACAACCACCAUUUUGUCAUGUCACAUCAAGAAAGUGGAGUGAAGUGGAGUGAUGUGGCAGAAAAAUGGUUGGUAUUUAUUUUACACCGUCGGUGUAUAUAAAUUAAAUCCAUUAAAAAAUGGGUUCAAGAAGAUGAGAAAGACCAUGUCACAGUGCACGAACUGCGUUACCAAUGUUACAUAGAUCCUUCUCCUUUCUUUCCUCGUUUUUGUCCAAUUCUUGACCAAAAUAAAGACUUUUUUAUUCUUUGGGGUUUGGGGGGAACCCACGUUAUUAGUCAAUAAUAGCUUACACAAAAAUGUUUAAACUAUGAUCUACAAAAAAAUAAUUAAUCUCUGUACAUUUGAGUAAAAAAAAAAGUUAAAGUGUACAUAAGUUGAACUUAUUCACAAAUAU